AUGAGUCCGGUUCAGAAUUUCGAGCAACACGCUCGGCGUCUCACCGAGCUUGACCUCCCAAUUCAGGCAAGGCUUCAGAUGGCAAUGGAGGUUCGGGACAGCCUAGAGAUUGCGCACACUGCCGAGUACUUGAAUUUCCUAAAAUGCUACUUUCAUGCAUUCUCAGUGAUUCUUCAGAAAAUUACAAAACCACAGUUCACAGACAAUCCCGAACACAAGCUCCGAAACAUCGUGGUGGAGAUUCUCAAUCGUCUCCCCCACAGUGAAGUACUCCGCCCUUUUGUCCAGGAACUCUUGAAGGUCGCAAUGCAAGUACUAACCACUGACAACGAAGAGAAUGGCUUAAUAUGUAUCCGUAUUAUCUUUGACCUCCUUAGGAACUUCAGGCCCACUCUGGAAAAUGAAGUUCAGCCAUUCUUGGACUUUGUUUGUAAAGUUUACCAAAACUUUAAGUUGACGGUUAACCAUUUCUUUGAAAAUGGGGCGGUGGGUGGGGAAGAUAUCAAGCCUAUCGAUACUUCUUUAGAUCAACCAUUGAGUGGUAGUAUCGGCAGUAUCGGUGGUGGCGGAAUUGGGGGUGGCGGUAUUGGUGGUAGUGGGUAUGCUGGUGGUGGGCAGCUUAACCCCAGUACACGUUCUUUCAAAAUUAUAAACGAGAGUCCCCUGGUGGUCAUGUUUUUAUUUCAGUUGUAUAGUCGACUUGUGCAGACCAAUAUUCCUCACCUGUUGCCUUUGAUGGUUGCUGCUAUAUCUGUUCCUGGCCCUGAAAAGGUUCCUCUUCAUUUGAAGACUCAUUUCAUUGAGUUGAAGGGUGCACAGGUGAAGACAGUUUCGUUUUUAACGUAUCUGUUGAAGAGCUUUGCUGAUUAUAUCAGGCCGCAUGAAGAAAGCAUAUGUAAAAGCAUAGUCAGUUUGCUAGUUACAUGUUCAGACUCUGUAUCAACUAGAAAGGAAUUGUUAGUAGCCCUAAAACAUGUUCUUGGAACGGAUUUCAAGAGGGGUUUAUUUCCUCUGAUUGACACACUAUUGGAGGAAAGGGUUCUGGUUGGAAGUGGUCGAGCCUGCUUUGAGACAUUGAGGCCAUUGGCAUAUAGUCUACUUGCAGAGAUUGUUCAUCAUGUUCGUGCAGACCUCUCCUUGUCACAGUUAUCCCGAAUCAUAUACUUGUUUUCAAGCAACAUGCAUGAUGCUUCAUUGUCACUGAGCAUUCAUACUACUUGUGCUCGCUUGAUGCUGAAUCUGGUGGAGCCAAUAUUUGAGAAAGGUGUCGACCAACCAUCUAUGGAUGAAGCACGGAUUCUAUUGGGGCGUAUAUUGGAUGCUUUUGUUGGAAAAUUUAGUACUUUCAAGCGGACUAUUCCUCAGCUGUUGGAGGAGGCUGAGGAGGGAAAGGACCGUGCUACUCUAAGGUCAAAGCUUGAGCUCCCUGUGCAGGCAGUUUUGAAUUUGCAGGUCACUGUCGAACAUUCUAAGGAAGUCAAUGAUUGUAAACAUCUGAUUAAGACAUUGGUCAUGGGAAUGAAGACUAUCAUAUGGAGUAUUACCCAUGCACACUUGCCGCGAUCACAGGUUUCUGCUUCCACCCAUGGAACACACCCACAGGUGCUUGUUUCAUCAUCAUCUAAUUUACCAGCGCCUCAAGCAUUUAAGGGGAUGCGAGAAGAGGAGGUUCGGAAGGCUUCUGGUGUUUUAAAGAGUGGGGUGCAUUGCUUGGCUCUCUUCAAGGAGAAGGAUGAGGAGAGGGAUAUGUUGCAACUCUUUUCCCAGAUUCUGGCUAUCAUGGAACCUCGAGAUUUAAUGGACAUGUUCUCGUUAUGUAUGCCUGAGCUUUUUGAGUGCAUGAUUUGCAACAACCAAUUGGUUCACAUAUUCUCCACACUUCUGCAAGCCCCUAAAGUAUAUCGGCCUUUUGCAGAUGUUUUGGUUAAUUAUCUUGUAAACAGUAAACUUGAUGUUCUGAAGCAUCCAGAUAAACCUGCAGCAAAACUAGUAUUGCAUCUCUUUCGGUUCAUAUUUGGCGCAGUUUCAAAGGCGCCUUCAGAUUUUGAACGUAUUUUGCAACCUCACGUGCCUGUUAUAAUGGAAGUUUGCAUGAAAAAUGCUACUGAAGUUGAAAAGCCUCUUGGUUAUAUGCAACUUCUUCGCGCAACGUUUCGAGCACUGGCAGCAUGUAAAUUUGAUCUUCUCAUGAGGGAUUUGAUUCCUAUGUUACAACCUUGUCUUAAUAUGCUGUUGAUGAUGCUUGAGGGUCCAACAGGGGAAGAUAUGAGGGACCUUUUGCUGGAGUUGUGCUUAACCUUGCCUGCACGCUUAAGCUCAUUGUUACCACACCUUCCCCGUCUUAUGAAGCCUCUUGUUUUGUGUCUUAAAGGAAGCGAUGAUCUCGUGGGCUUAGGUUUAAGAACACUGGAGUUUUGGGUAGAUAGUUUGAAUCCUGAUUUCUUGGAACCUAGCAUGGCUAAUGUAAUGUCUGAGGUGAUUUUGGCCCUAUGGUCUCACUUGAGGCCUGCUCCCUAUUCUUGGGGUGCAAAAGCAUUGCAACUCCUUGGCAAGCUAGGAGGUCGUAACAGGCGUUUUCUGAAAGAGCCCCUUGCACUUGAGUGCAAGGAGAACCCAGAGCAUGGACUCCGUGUGAUUCUUACAUUUGAGCCUGAAACCCCAUUUUUGGUGCCAUUGGAUCGAUGCAUUAAUCUUGCUGUGGUAGCUGUUAUGCACAAAAAUGGUGGAAUUGAUACUUUCUACCGAAAACAGGCUUUGAAGUUUCUUCGUGUUUGCUUAUCAUCUCAGCUUAAUUUGCCAGAAAAGUUUACCGACAAUGGAUGCACACCUAGUCAGUUGUCAACUUUGUUAGUUUCUGCAGUUGAUUCUUCUUGGCAGCGGCCCGAAACAUCAGGAAUAAAGGCUGACUUAGGUGUAAAGACGAAGACCCAACUUAUGGCCGAAAAGUCAGUUUUCAAGAUUCUCUUAAUGACUGUUAUUGCUGCCAGUGUGGAACCAGAUUUCCAAGACCCCAAGGAUGACUUUGUUGUCAAUGUAUGCCGCCAUUUUGCAAUGAUGUUCCAUAUUGAUUCAUCCUUAACAAAUACUGCAGUUGCAACUGCUACACUUGGGGGCCCUAUGCUUUCGUCAAAUGCCAAUGUUGGUUCCAGUUCCAGGUCAAAGAAUAGUAGUUCAUCAAACCUCAAAGAGUUGCACCCUCUGAUAUUUUUAGAUGCUCUAGUUGAUGUGCUAGCAGAUGAAAACAGGCUCCAUGCCAAGGCUGCACUUAGUGCUUUAAAUGUUUUCUCUGAGACACUUCUCUUUCUUGCUCGCUCAAAGCAUGCUGAUGUGCCAAUGUCAAGAGGCCCUGGUACUCCAAUGAUGGUCUCUAGUCCGUCAUUGAAUCCCGUAUACUCUCCUCCUCCAAGUGUCCGCAUCCCUGUUUUCGAGCAACUUCUGCCCCGUCUUUUGCAUUGUUGCUAUGGGACAACAUGGCAAGCGCAGAUGGGAGGUGUUAUGGGACUUGGUGCUUUGGUUGGAAAGGUUACUGUUGAGACCCUGUGCCUUUUCCAAGUAAGAAUUGUGCGUGGUUUGGUAUAUGUUCUUAAAAGGCUUCCUAUUUAUGCUAGCAAAGAGCAAGAAGAGACGAGUCAGGUGCUUACACAGGUUCUUCGCGUAGUUAAUAAUGUUGACGAAGCAAACAGUGAACCACGCCGGCAAAGUUUUCAAGGAGUAGUUGAUUUCCUUGCCACAGAAUUGUUUAAUCCAAAUGCAUCUGUUAUUGUCAGAAAGAAUGUGCAGUCAUGUUUGGCACUUUUGGCUAGUAGAACUGGUAGUGAGGUAUCUGAGCUGCUUGAACCAUUAUAUCAAAAUUUGCUUCAGCCUCUUUUGGUGCGAUCACUCCGGUCAAAAACUGUUGAUCAACAGGUGGGAACAGUUACAGCUUUAAACUUCUGCCUUGCCUUGAGGCCACCUCUUCUCAAGCUGACUCAAGAAUUGGUUAAUUUUCUCCAAGAAGCAUUGCAAAUAGCUGAGGCUGAUGAAACUGUAUGGGGUUGUGAAGUUUAUGAACCCAAAGGUGGCAACAUCACUAAACAAGCUUCGAACAGCCUGCAUUGA